AUGGGAGUCGUGUGCUUCGAUGUGAAGAAGCUGGUGUACGUGUAUUUGGUGCGGUAUGCCGAGGAACAGCAGGACCUGGCUCUUCUCUCCAUCUCCACCUUUCAGCGCGGAUUAAAGGACCCAAACCAACUGAUUAGGGCCAGUGCUCUGCGGGUGUUGUCCAGCAUCAGAGUGACCAUCAUCGUCCCCAUCAUGAUGCUGGCCAUAAAAGAGGCUGCCUCCGACAUGUCUCCGUAUGUGAGGAAGACUGCAGCGCAUGCAAUCCCCAAACUCUACAGUUUGGACCCAGAGCAGAAGGACCAGCUCAUAGAAGUAAUUGAAAAACUCCUUGCUGACAAAACCACGCUUGUGGCGGGCAGCGUGGUGAUGGCCUUUGAGGAGGUGUGUCCCGAGCGCAUCGACCUGAUCCACAAAAACUACAGGAAAUUGUGUAACCUGCUGAUCGACGUGGAAGAGUGGGGGCAGGUGGUGAUCAUCAACAUGCUGACGCGCUACGCCAGGACGCAGUUCCUCAACCCCAACAUCAAUGAGUCUUUGCUGGAGGAGGGCAACACGGAGGGGAAGACAUUCUACCCCUCGGAUGAAGAGGAAGACGAGGACGAGGAUGAGAAGGAGAAGGAGGAGAAGAAGGCCGAGGCGAUGGCCAAGAGGAAGCCGUACGUCAUGGAUCCGGACCACAGGCUUCUGCUGAGGAACACCAAGCCGCUUCUCCAGAGCAGAAACGCAGCUGUGGUAAUGGCUGUGGCACAGUUGUAUUUCCAUCUAGCUCCUAAAGCAGAGGUCGGGGUCAUUGCAAAAGCUCUGGUCAGACUCCUCAGAAGUCACAGUGAAGUUCAGUUUGUUGUUCUUCAGAAUGUGGCGACCAUGACCAUCAAGAGGAGGGGGAUGUUUGAACCUUAUCUGAAGAGUUUCUACAUUCGCUCCACAGACCCAACGCAGAUCAAGAUCCUCAAGCUGGAAGUUCUCACCAAUUUGGCAAAUGAGUCCAACAUUUCCACCAUUCUUCGAGAGUUUCAGACAUACAUUAAAAGCAUGGACAAGGACUUUGUUGCGGCGACCAUCCAAGCGAUCGGCCGCUGUGCCACAAACAUCGGAGAGGUGCGGGACACGUGUCUGAAUGGACUGGUGCAGCUGCUGUCCAACAGAGAUGAGCUGGUCGUGGCCGAGUCUGUGGUGGUGAUUAAGAAACUGCUCCAGAUGCAGCCGGAGAAACACAGCGACAUCAUCAAACACAUGGCAAAGCUCAUCGACAACAUACAGGUGCCGAUGGCCAGGGCCAGUAUCCUGUGGCUGAUUGGGGAGUACUGUGAACACGUCCCAAAGAUCGCUCCUGACGUCCUGAGGAAAAUGGCCAAAUCUUUCACCAACGAAGAAGACAUUGUGAAGCUUCAGAUCCUCAACCUGGCGGCGAAACUCUAUCUGACCAACUCCAAACAGACCAAGCUGUUGACCCAGUACGUCUUGAAUCUAGCGAAAUAUGACCAAAACUAUGACAUCAGGGACCGAGCACGGUUCAUUCGUCAGCUCAUUGUCCCCACAGAGAAGAGCGGCGCCCUGAGCAAGUACGCCAAGAAGUUGUUCCUCGCCCUAAAGCCUGCUCCAGUCCUCGAGUCUCCCUUUAAAGACCGAGACCACUUCCAGCUGGGUUCUCUGUCCCAUCUGCUGAACGCCAAAGCCGGGGGGUACCAGGAGCUUCCAGAGUGGCCUGAGUCCGCCCCCGACCCCUCCGUGCGCAACGUGGAGGUUCCUGAAUGGUCCAAGUGCAGUGCCAGAGAGAAGAGGAAGGAGAAGAAGGUGGAUAAGCCCUUCUACUCGGACUCUGAUGGAGAGUCGGGGCCCACGGAGUCAGCGGACAGCGAGUCAAACAGUGGCAGUGGUUCAGACAGCGGUAGUGCCUCGGACGUCAGUGCGUCGGCUUCAGAGAGUGAGGAGAGCGAAGAGGGCUCAGAGUCUGAUGAAGAGGAGGACAAAGAUGAGCCCAAGCACAACAAGAAGAAGCUACAAGACAUGAAGAAGCCCACGCACAAUACAGAGAGUGAGCAGAGCAGUGAAGAGGAGAAGAAACCGCAGAGAAAACCCAAAACUAGGAAGAUGAGCGAGUCUGAGUCUGAGUCAGAGGAGAGCGACUCGGAGAGCAGUGAGUCCGAGUCCGACGAGUCCGAUUCUGAGCCAGAGAUCCGGAAGAAGAAGAAGGUCGACCCGAAAGCUUCAAAACCAGUGAAGAAAGAAGCAAAGAAGGAAAGUAAAAAGGAGAUGUCCCUCCUCGAUCUGGACGACUUUGAGCCGGCCCCCUCUCCUCAGGUGACUCCGGUGAACUUUAUGUCCAGCAGUCUGGUCACAGACCUGGAGGGACUUUCCCUAUCCGACGACGUCCUUGCUCCUGCUACCAUUUCUCCGUCGAGCUCCAUGAAGUCCUUCGAGCUGCUGCACCGGAUCACAGGGGAGGGUCUGUCCGUGGAGUACUGCUUCAGCCGGCAGCCCUUCAGCCCAGACGCUAACAUGGUGUCGGUCCAGCUGCACUUCACCAACAACUCUUCCAGUGACGUGUCCGCUCUGCACGUGGAAGACGCCAAGCUGCAGUCUGGCAUGCGCGUCAAGGAGUUCCCCGAGAUUGAGGCGCUGGCGGCCGGAGACACGACUACAGCGGUGAUGGGAAUCGACUUCUGCGAUUCCACACAAGCUGCAAACUUCCAGCUCUGCACGAACUCCAAGAAGUUCUUGGUGUCGAUCCAGCCUCCGGUGGGAGAGCUGAUGAGACCAGUGUUCAUGACAGAGAACGAGUUCAAGAAGGAGCAAGGUCAGCUAAUGGGGAUGAAUGAGAUCACUGAGAAGCUGACGCUGGACUCUCACUGUCGUAACGAACACGCCAUCGUCCAGAGAGUAACAACUGCCGCGAACCUGAGCCGUGUGCCCUGCGGUGCCGACCAUGAGUGCAGUGCUCCUGUCCCUCCUCCUAUAUUUCCCACCCACAGAUUUGCGGCCCGUACUGUCACUGGGAACAGCCUGGUCCUGGUCACCGUGGCAAUCAAGCAAGAGGCGGCUCAGGUCACAGUCAACUGCGACAAGAUGCUGAUCGGCACGAUGCUGGUGAAGGAGAUACUGCAAGCGCUGGCGCAGUGA